CGUCGGCUGUUCGAGAAGGGAACAGAGCGAGAGAGAAAUGGGAUCUAGAGAUAGGGACCAACGACAUCGUAUCACCAGCCACUCAUAAGUAGCCUUGUUGUAGGGCCUUUGGCAAGCGACGGAGCUGAUGGUGGUGCAGGCGGAGGACGAGGCCGUGGUGGUGGUGGUGGUGGUGAUUAUGAACCUGGAGAGGUCCGGCGUGAGCCACAUCCGUAUUCUCGCGCUGAUCGAUACAAAGAUGAACCUGGAUAUAGAAUUCGUGCAGGUUCAAGUUCUCCAAUACGUCGUAGGGAUGCAGAUCACCAAUAUGGUUCCAAUUUUGAUCGCUCAGGUGGUUCAUCAAGAAGCCGUGAUUUUGGUAAUGGUAGGGAUCCUGGCAGAUAUCGAGGCUCUUCACCUCCUUAUAUUCGGGACCAGGUGGUGCCAGGCAGCGUAGCAGCAGAGAUG